CAUCUAAUACAAAAUCAUAAAUUUUACAUUUUCCAUCAAUCAUAAUAUUUGAAACUCUAGUGACGGUGUUCUAGGAGUACCUAAUAACUUUCCGAGAACUAGAACCAUAUGGUCCAUGCCAAACGUAUUCCAAUAACAUUAUAUAAAAUCAUGAAUAAACAAUAAGUUUGCAUGUUUGGUGUAAUUGAGAUCAUCAAAUGAUGGUUUUUCCACUCGCUUUCAUCUGCAUUUUCACUCUUCUUCUCUCCCUCUUCACCAAACUCUCCAUGGCAAUCGACACCCUAUCUCCAAACGAAACACUCACCGACAACGGUAAACUUGUCUCCUCUGGCGAAGCGUUCGAAUUAGGCUUCUUCAAUCCACCAUAUUCCAACAAUCGCUAUAUCGGAAUAUGGUUUAAGAAUGUCCCAAUACAAACACCCAUUUGGGUGGCAAACAAAAACAACCCAAUAUCAGAUUCAUCAGGCCUCCUCACAAUCACCACCACCGGCAACAUCAUCAUCACCACUACCACCACCACCAACCAAACAACCACCGUUUGGUCUUCCUCAAAUUCAUCACCACCAACACCACCAAACAACCCAAUCUUGCAGCUGCUAGACUCUGGCAACCUUGUGGUGAAAAAUGGUAGCGGUGAUUAUCUGUGGUAA